AUGGCCAAGCUCAAAAGCGGCCCUGGCCGGCGCGGCCCGUCCACGCCAGCGGAUCUCAAACUUAGCUGGGACGGACUCCGUCCUCACGGCGCCACCACCGGCGACCCAACGUCGCCACCAGACACGCCCAUGGCGUCGCCGCUGCUGGCCCGCAAGAACCCGCUCCAGCAGGCGGCCUUUUACCGCUUCUCGCGUCCGCUGGCCCAGGAUCCCAACAUCAAGCCCGUCGGCAACGGCCACCAGUUCAGCUACCGGCCCAGGGUCGGCCCGCCCCAAUUGAGCCCCAGGUCUUCGGCCUCGUCCUCGAGCUCGUCCGACGCGGCUGCCGAGGACUCUGACUCGGACAUUGAGCUGCCGGAGCAGGGUAUCGAGUCCCAUAGCUUGGCGAACUCGCCCGGCGCCGACGCCGCUUCCGACGCCGCUUCUUCAGAUGAGGCGGACGACGGAGACGACUCCGGGCCGGACGAUUCCGAGGGCGACGGCGACCCGGACGACGAGCCGGCGCGGCGGUCAGACAGGAGAUCGCAGUCUGCCCCGUCGGCGUCAGAGUCGAGCUCGGACGCAGACGACUCGGUCGCCCACGGGCCCAUAUACGUUUCGCGCACCACGGUAGAGUGCGACUUCAUCAUCGAGGACAUUGACCCGAUGGACAGUGAAUGCGAGGGGCUGGACGUGCUGCACCCGACCGAGAUCGAGUCGAACCGCAGCCGGUCGAGGUCCCGCCACAAGGACCUCGACAAGGGCAUGAUGCAGAACCUGCGCAACCUCAACUGCAGCAACGAGGCGUCGGACGACGAGAGCACCAGCCCGCCCGAGGACGACGAAGAGGCCUUUUAUCAGCGACGGCAGGAGCUGCGGCGGUUCCGCAGGGUGAGCAUGUCGAGCAGCUUCGGCAAGCGGACGCACAGCGAGCUGAGCAGCGACUCGGACAACGACGACGGCCCGCUCGACGUCAACGACGUGGGCUCCAGCGCGCGGCGCAUGCGCAAGCGGCUGCACCGCGGGAGCCUGCUGUUCCAAGACCCGCCGGAGCCGCGCAUCGACGAGCUCGAGGAGCCCGACUCGAGCGAGGACGACGACGGCUACGCGGCGGUGAACUCGCUCGCGCGGGAGCUGCCCUACUACACCAUGGAGAUUAUGGAGGUGGAGUCGACGAGCUGA